CAGUCAUUACUAGUGACAGAACCCUACCCACGCCACUGCGACCAACCACAGGGGCUCACUGCACAGUGAUGCGCAUCGCUAUUGGACGCAUAGAGGGUUGGACUCCAGAACCAACACACUGAUAUUCAAGCGCACGGAGCGCGUUUGGCCAGUCUGCUCUGGUUGCGCGCUGGAUAUGGAUCAAGACGCAGUGCGCCUUCCUCCUGUCUCCUGUGGACAGACUACAGUCUGCGGCGCUUAAAACAGUCCAGAUGAACCGCCGUCCUCCCGGAUCGUCCGGCGUGCAAUGGCUUAACAGGAGAGACAUGAGUGUCCGGACGGAGGACAGCAUCACUUUGUGCCAAAGGGCUCUCCAAAUCGUUACGGAACUUUGUCUUACGGGACACGUAGACCGGGAGAAAUGUUCGGAUAUAUUUCCCCUGGAGAGCAACAUCCUGGGCACAGGACAUGCAGACAUCUCUAUUAGUCUCCUUGCUGUGGUCGUGGGUUUCUGUGGCCUCGCCCUGUUGGUAGUCUCUCUCUUUGUCUUUUGGAAGCUGUGCUGGCCCAUUUGGAGGAACAAGGCUUUGUCAGCCCAUACUGAAAAUGGCCUCCACGUCGGUUUCCCAGAAGCGCCUCCACCUAACUCUCCACCUAUCACUGACUGCAAAGUGGCGGAGGUUGAGAAGAAGUACCCCCUAGAAGUGAAAGUAAACGGACGAAGCUCUGUCAAACUCCUGGAGGCAGCCAUGAAGAUUAGCCAGACCUCUCCAGACAUCCCUGCAGAGGUCCAGACAGCCCUGAGGGAGAAGCUCAGCCAGCAGGCAAAGAUCCAGAGGCAAACCACUGAGCCCACCUCCUCCUCCAGGCACAAUUCAUUCCGGCGCCACCUGCCUCGUCAGAUGAAUGUCACCAGCGUUGACUUCAGCAUGGACACAGUGCCUCUCCGUCAGUCUUCUACAGCAAGUAUUGGAAGAAUAAAACCUGAACUCUACAAGCAGAAGUCUGUGGACUCAGAGGAUGAGGGCAAACAACCUGUGGAGACUUGUGGGAAACUCAGCUUCUCGUUGCAAUACGACUAUGAGGAGCAGGCUUUAGUGGUGAGAAUCCUCAAGGCCUUGGACCUGCCUGCCAAAGACUUCACAGGCACGUCAGACCCAUAUGUAAAGAUCUAUCUGCUGCCAGAGAGAAAGAAGAAGUUCCAGACUCGUGUCCACCGUAAAAAUCUGAACCCUGUGUUUGAUGAGAGCUUCUGCUUCCCUGUCGUGUACGAUGAGCUUUGCAACCGCAAGCUGCAUUUCAGCGUCUAUGACUUCGACCGAUUCACCAGUCACGAUAUGAUCGGCGAGGUGGUGGUGGACAACCUGUUUGAACUCUCUGACCUUUCUAGGGAGGCGGUGGUUUGGAAGGACAUUCAUGCAGCAACUACGGAGAGCAUUGAUCUCGGAGAGAUCAUGUACUCAUUGUGCUACCUCCCCACAGCAGGGAGAAUGACCCUAACAGUCAUCAAAUGCAGGAACCUCAAAGCCAUGGACAUCACAGGCUCUUCAGACCCAUAUGUGAAGGUUUACCUUAUAUGUGAUGGACGGAGGUUAAAGAAGCGAAAAACCACCAUCAAGAAAAGCACACUGAACCCAGUGUAUAAUGAGGCCAUCAUCUUCGACAUUCCCCCCGAGAAUGUGGAGCAAGUCAGUCUCUCUAUCAUGGUGAUGGAUUAUGAUCGGGUCGGACACAAUGAGGUGAUAGGUGUGUGUCGCACUGGGCCAGAUGCCGAGGGUCUUGGACGAGAUCACUGGAAUGAAAUGCUGGCCUAUCCAAGAAAGCCCAUCACACACUGGCACGCUCUGGGAGAGUGGCCUGGAAGGGCAGCAAGUUUUGAGAGUCAAGGUUCAUGUUCUUCACCCAAACGUCCACUGACGCCCUGAUGGCCUCUGUAAGAAAACAAGAGAAGAAAUGUUCUGUUGUUAAGAAGUUCUUUUGCGUGUAAGUUUCUUGUGCGCGUGUUAUAUGAAAGUUGAAUUCAUUCAACACUUUCCUUAUGCAUUCACGAUCUUCAAGGUUCAGUGUGUGAUAUCUGGGCACCUAGUAAUGAAGCUGAGAUUGGAGUCAACUCAAUAUCCUGCCUUACAGUGUCCAUGAAAAAUUGAAAACAACAUCAAUCAGCAUUUCGUUUGAGGUCAUAUAAACUUCACACUCUAACAUGAUUGGUGCAUUUAUGUACCUUAACCCUUAAAGACCUGGAACUAUUUUUGUGGCGAUUUC